AAAAAUGCUGCUGUCCGUCACUGGCUUCUGUUCUCGGUAUUUGGCUGGUCAAAUCUCCCUCUCAUUCGACACGAACCCCACUUAAAUCCCCAGCCCAUUACGGCCAUGCUUGUGCUAGCUGCGUUCGGGCAAAAUGUAGAUGCAUUUUGCCUGCCACUGGGAGCUGCGAAAGGUAUGAUCGAAGAUAAGCCUUUGAGAUUCGUACACUUAUUUGAUAGAUGCGACCGUCUAGGUAAUGAGUGUCAGCCCGCGCAGAAAAUACGAAAACGCAACAUAGACUUGGCGGCAUCACGGCUUUCAGCUGUAGAAGCCAAACUCGGUUCCCUCAUCUCAGCAUUGCAAGGACAGAAUCUGAAUAUUGCGCCUUCCGCAAGAAAAUCAGUCUUCGCAACACUGCGCGAUACAAUACCCCAGAAACUAUUUGUAGAGCGCUCUCCGACUCUCGAUCUUUUGCUUGGGAUCAUGACGUUCAUGGCUUGGUGCGAAAACCUUCUCCCCGAAGCCAUUCUUGAGCCUAUAUAA